UAUGUUGUUGGUGAUAGGUUGCGACUCAAUUUACACUUCGGUUUUAGCCAAACCCUAAAAGAAAGUCUGCUCUUCUCUGGUUCAAUUGCCGCCUCCACUCGUUUGCUGCUCUCUCUCGCCCGCCGACCAUGACCAAAAGAACGAAGAAGGCAGGCAUUGUCGGCAAGUAUGGCACCCGUUACGGGGCGAGUCUGCGUAAGCAGAUUAAGAAGAUGGAGGUCAGCCAGCAUAGCAAAUAUUUCUGCGAGUUUUGUGGGAAGUAUGCCGUCAAGAGGAAGGUCGUAGGAAUCUGGGGAUGCAAGGACUGUGGUAAAGUCAAGGCGGGCGGGGCUUACACCUUGAACACUGCUAGUGCUGUGACGGUAAGGAGUACAAUCCGGAGGCUGAGGGAACAAACUGAAAGUUGAAUGGCGAUUCACCGUUUCAACCAUUUUUGUUAGGAGCAUAGAGAAGCUUAGAUGACUGGCAAUAUUUUCUUUGAAAGCAUCUUCUACUGCGGUUGUUUCGCUUUCAUUCCUUUCUCUUCAAUUGAAGAGCUAGUUGGAAUAAAGCCGUCAUCUUUGGAGUGUCUCUUAUCGAGCAGAUUGAACUGGUUGUCGAUUUGAAUUCUAUUGGUAAAUUUUCGACUUCUUCA